AAGGUAAGAUUUUUGGACCUUCUCUAAAAGGGGUACCUUGAUUUGAUUUGUUCGUUUCUGUUGUACCUUUUUUUUUUUCCUUGUUAUUCGAUUCGCAUUUUUGCAUAUUCUACCAGAAUGGAGGCCGAGAAGAAGUACAUCACCGCCGAGGAGCUCAAUCAGCACAACAAGCCAGGGGACUUGUGGAUCUCUAUUCAGGGUAAGGUUUACAAUGUCUCAGAUUGGGGUAAGGAUCAUCCCGGCGGCGAUGAUCCUCUCCUCAAUUUGGCUGGCCAAGAUGUUACCGACGCUUUCACGGCUUACCAUCCUGGUACCGCAUGGAAGUAUCUUGACAAGUUCUUUACUGGGUAUCAUCUGGAGGAUUUCAAGGUCUCGGAGGUGUCCAAGGAUUACAGAAAGCUUGCGUCUGAGUUUGCCAAAAUGGGUUUGUUUGAAAAGAAAGGACACGGGACUCUGUACACCCUUUUAUCCGUUGCUUUCAUGCUUUCCCUUGUGGUUUAUGGUGUUUUGAGGUCUGAGAGCGUUUUCGUUCAUUUGUGUUGUGGUCUUUUGUUGGGUUUCCUUUGGGUUCAAAGUGCUUAUGUGGGUCAUGAUUCGGGGCAUUACCAAAUAAUGUCAACUCCCAGAUUCAACAGAGUUGCUCAAAUCCUUGCUGGGAAUUGCUUGACCGGUAUCAGCAUUGCUUGGUGGAAAUGGACUCACAAUGCACACCACAUUGCCUGCAACAGCCUUGAUCACGAUCCCGAUCUCCAACAUAUCCCAGUCUUUGCAGUGUCCUCAAAACUGUUUCAUUCUAUAACAUCCUGUUUUUAUGGGAGGAAGUUGGAGUUUGAUCCUCUGGCUAGGUUCCUAGUCAGUUACCAGCAUAUGACAUUUUAUCCGGUUAUGAUUGUUGGGCGGAUCAACUUGUUUAUCCAGACAUUCUUGUUAUUGUUCUCUGGGAGGAGGGUUCCUCAAAGAGGAUUGAACAUCUUAGGAAUUCUUGUAUUCUGGACCUGGUUUCCUCUCCUGGUGUCAUUCCUACCCAGUUGGACUGAGAGGGUGAUGUUCGUGAUUGCCAGUUUUGCUGUAACGUCGAUCCAACACAUUCAGUUCUGUUUGAACCAUUUCUCGGCCAAUGUUUAUGUUGGACCGCCUAGCGGGAACGAUUGGUUUGAGAAACAGACUAGUGGGACUCUGGAUAUUGCUUGCUCUUCUUGGAUGGAUUGGUUCUAUGGAGGAUUGCAGUUCCAGCUGGAGCACCAUUUGUUCCCACGAUUACCUCGAUGCCAGUUGAGGAAGGUUUCUCCUAUUGUGCAGGAUCUAUGCAAAAAGCACAACUUGCCUUACAGGAGCUUGUCCUUCUGGGCGGCUAACUUAUCCACCAUCAGGACCCUCAGGACAGCUGCCCUUCAGGCUCGGGACAUGGCCAGCCCUGUCCCAAAGAACUUGGUGUGGGAGGCUCUUAACACUCAUGGAUGACGCCACAAACCAUGGAUUCCUUUUUUUUUUUUUUUUUUUUUUUUAUUUAUUUCAAGUUUUGGUAUUUCAUAAGAUCAUGCCUUGCCAUCUUGGGGCCGCUAGGAUGAUCGUUGUAUCCAGAAUUGAUAUCAUAUCAAACACAUACCUUGCUUCAAUUUGAGAUCCAGAUUCGUUUUGAUUUACUUCAUUUUUUAAAACUAUAUUGAAUGCCGUUACCAGAAUAUGCAUCAUAUGUCUUGAUAUUGUUGGGUUUUUAUG